GGUGGAGCUUCCACUCAUACCGCCCCUGGGGGUGGGGUCUGUGAUGACAACACCCCCUGGUGGGAGGGGCUUUGCGCUGACUCCGCCCCUGGGCAAAAUGGCGGACAUGGGGCACCUUGGUCUUCGGGCUGAGCCAUCGGGCCCACUACCGGACACGUACCCUUCAGGCCAGCUGCUGCCUUCGGAGCCGCUGCUCCUGGUUUUGUCCUUCGUCGGAUUCCGGGAUCUGGUCAGCUGCAGUUCUGUAUGUCGGAGAUUCCAUCAACUCUGUAGUCAUGACCCCCUGUGGAAAAGGCACUGCAAGAGAUACUGGCUGCUGUCUGAGGAUGAGAAAGUGAAGCAGAAUCUGUGUUGGAUGGAGCUGUUCCGCCAGUUCUACUGUGACCUGGGGCGAUACAUUGAUCACUACGCAGAGCUGAAAAGGGCCUGGGAGGAUUUGAAGAAGUACUUGAGGCAAAAGUGUCCUCGUAUGAUCACCUCCUUAAACG